GCUGUGGCGACGGUGCUGUCCUGCGAUGGUGUCGAUGUCCUGCGAUGGUGUCGAUGUCCUUCCACAUCCAGAGCAGAUGUUCCAAGCGGCAACUUGCCUCCGCUCUCGGUCGGUUCGUUGCCUGUGCCGACUUGUCACUGCCGAUCCUCCAUCGACAUUGAUCCAUCGAUUGUACCCAUCGGUCGCUCUGGUUGUCGGUGGUCCGAUCCAUUCGCUCGGUCGAUCCGUCUGCUCGUCCUGUUGAUCCGUCUGCUCGUCCUGUUGAUUGCCGUCUCCGUGAACAGGCUUGGCUGUUGUCGACGAUCCACCGACCCAGCAGACACCCGGCCACCGCUCUUGCUCAGAACCCGUCCCGUCCCUGCACAACCGCCCUGUCGAAUACAAACCCGCAUCGACAGGCCGCUGAUGGCCGUUCACGGACUCGCGGGUGUCGUCGAUGAUCGACCGCCGUUGAGGAACGAGGUGGGUGUUUAUUGACCAGCACACUGGGCCUGUCCAAGCCGUGUCCGGGACUGC